AUGGUCGAAAUGGUAGCCAAAGAGAUGACCACCAUCAUCGCCCCUUUAACUGAUCGCCAUGGUCCCCGUAAUGCUGCUGCUGCUGCUUUUGAUGGUGGCGAUGAUGAAAAUGUGAUCGAAGAACUAGGAACUCAAGAGGGAGCGAGAGCGGCUUCGAAUUUAUACAAGGAACAUCAGAUCGAACACACAGGUGACAAUGACGAUUUCAAUCCGAAUCGGGGAAUGGACCGGCCAGCACUUUCUUGA